AUCAUUCAAGAUGCACCCAGGUGUCCUGGCUGCCUUCCUCUUCUUGAGCUGGACUUGUUGUUGGUCCCUGCCCCUUCCCAAUGAUGGAGAUUCUGAAGAUUUGUCCGAGGAAGACUUCCAGAUUGCAGAGAACUAUCUGAAAUCAUACUAUUAUCCUUUGAAUCCUGCUGGAAUCCUGAAGAAAACUGCAGUAAGCUCCGUGGUUGACAGGCUUAGAGAAAUGCAAUCUUUUUUCGGCUUAGAGGUGACUGGCAAACUUGAUGAUAACACCUUAGACAUCAUGAAAAAACCGAGAUGUGGGGUCCCUGAUGUGGGUGAAUACAAUGUUUUUCCUCGAACUCUCAAAUGGUCCAAAAUGAACUUAACCUACAGAAUUGUGAAUUAUACCCCUGAUUUGACUCAUUCUGAAGUUGAAAAGGCAUUCAGAAAAGCCUUCAAAGUUUGGUCUGAUGUGACACCUCUGAAUUUUACCAGAAUUCACAGUGGCACUGCUGAUAUCAUGAUCUCUUUUGGAGCUAAAGAGCAUGGUGACUUCUACCCAUUUGACGGACCUUCUGGUCUGUUGGCUCACGCUUUUCCUCCUGGACCAAAUUAUGGAGGGGAUGCCCAUUUUGAUGAUGAUGAAACCUGGACAAGUAGUUCCAAAGGUUACAACCUGUUUCUUGUUGCUGCCCAUGAGUUUGGCCAUUCCCUAGGUCUGGACCACUCCAAGGACCCAGGAGCACUCAUGUUUCCCAUCUAUACCUACACUGGCAAAAGCCACUUUAUGCUUCCUGAUGAUGAUGUACAAGGGAUUCAGUCUCUCUAUGGUCCAGGAGAUGAAGAUCCCAACCCUAGACAUCCCAAAACGCCAGACAAAUGUGAUCCUUCCUUAUCCCUUGAUGCCAUUACCAGUCUCCGGGGAGAAACAUUGAUCUUUAAAGACAGAUUCUUCUGGCGUCUGCAUCCUCAGCAGGUUGACGCAGAGCUGUUUUUAACAAAAUCCUUUUGGCCAGAGCUUCCCAACCGCAUUGAUGCUGCAUAUGAGCACCCUUCCCGUGAUCUUAUCUUUAUCUUUAGAGGCAGAAAAUUUUGGGCUCUUAAUGGUUAUGAUAUUCUGGAAGGUUAUCCCAAAAAAAUAUCCGAACUGGGAUUUCCAAAAGAGGUUAAAAAGAUAAGUGCAGCUGUUCACUUUGAGGAUUCAGGGAAGACGCUCUUCUUCUCAGGAAACCAAGUCUGGAGCUAUGAUGAUACUAACCAUAUGAUGGAUAACCCCAGACUAAUAGAAGAGGACUUCCCAGGAAUUGGUGAUAAAGUAGAUGCUGUCUACGAGAAAAAUGGUUACAUCUAUUUUUUCAAUGGGCCCAUACAGUUUGAAUACAGCAUCUGGAGUAACCGUAUUGUUCGUGUCAUGCCAACAAAUUCCCUAUUGUGGUGUUAAGUGUUUUCAAAAUAUUGUUAUUUAAAUCUUGGAGAGCAUUUGGGAUAACACUUCCAGACAUUUUUUGGGGGGUCAUGGAGGGGAGCGAUGUCAAGGGAAAGCUUAGUUCUGUGAACAAGCUUCUGUAAGUUAUGUUUGAAUAUUUAGUAUCUAUACAGCUAUGCGUGGCUGGAACCACAUUGAGUUUUAAAGUCAUGAAACUCAUUAUCUCUAGGGAUCACCUAAUUCUUGUGUGCUAUGCAAAAGCAGUAGCUGACAAUACUCAACAUCAAAAAUUGGAUAUAUGGCCUGUCAAAGAGAGUUAGCUUAGUAUAUUCAUAAGGAAACAUUACAGACAUAAAAGUAAAUCAUAUUUAUAUAAUUAAUGAAUCAUCUUUACUAAAUAGUAUAAAAUAGUAUGAAAAUGCAAUUUGGGGGGAGCAUAUGACAGCCAUACACAAACAACAAUAAGCCAAAGGGAAAUGUCUGUAAUAAAUAUAUUGUAGACAAUUUUCCAAAGAAAUAACUUGGAUUUUGCACUAAAAUAGUUGGGUGUACAUGUCCCUCUUCAUUCAGACACUAAGGAAAUAUCAAAGUCACUAAAGGUAGCAGACAAAGACUAAUGGUGAGGACAGUAGACAUGGCCUUUGUAUUCUUUUUAAUUUUCACUUUUGGCAAUGACUCAAGGACUACUUUCAAAGAAGACAAAUAUUUCUUUUCGUGUUUAUAGACGACAAAGAGAGAUGAUCUCUCUUUGAAUUAAAACAUUUCAGGUCUUUCAAAAAUAUCAAAGUAAAUUAAAAUUAACAAAAUGACCCAAGGUCACAGCAUCACUUUUUCAUAAAUCAUCUGAUUAUUUAAGACUAAAAGUAGUGUUUUAACCCUAUUUUAUCUAGACAAUUGUUUUAAUUGUCCAGUUUACCUUGGAUAUAUAAGCUGUUUUUGAAAGAAAUAGACUAAAAUAUAUCUUAUAAAUUGGAAGUAUAUAUAUCAAAACAGAGAUAGCCAAAAUAAAGAAAACAGUCUAUUGGAUUAUGGUCCUCUUGAAGAAUGAAACUAUGCCUUUUCUCUCUUUUUUUUUCCUUAAUCCCUGAGAACUUUUUACAGUGCCUGGCACUUGGUAUUUAUUGAAUAUAUGAAUGGCCAUCAAGGGAAGAACAAUUAUGUUGAGAGAUCAUGUUCAUAAACACUCAGGCAGAGAAAAGAAAGUGUAUUAUAUAUGCAAAAUGUAUUAG